UCCGUGUUCCUUACUCCAUUUCCCCUUUUCUUCCACACAGCUAUGAGUUUACUUCCCAUCUGAUUCCCUCUUUAUUCAGUAGAAGUCAAUUUCAUUUUCAGUUUUGUGCUUCUGAUGUACAGGGCUGAGAAAGAUUCGUAAUAAGUCAGAUGCGCCAGGCGUUGUUUCUAAUGAAUUUCGGUUCAAUCGAACCAUUUAUUUUUCAUCAUUCCGUACUUACCGUUCAUUGUUAGCAACCACAUAUCGUUUUUUGGUCUCCAUAACUCCUCCUUUGUCUUCGAAGUGUGCUAGUGAGAGCAUUCAGAAAGAUUCAUGUUAGAAAAAAUAAAAGCAAAGCUAGUGCUUUAUCCUUGUUAUUUUAUGGAGUUCUGCCUCUUGUGGAAUUUCCAAUUUUAGGAAAAUCAUAUUUUCAUUCUCUCUUAUUCUUCUUGCUCCGUAGGUUCUUUGAGUGUAGAGUAUUUGUAACUUUUAGGCUUGUUAAGGGCAGCUUAAUAGCAUUAGCGUCAUAGUGCAAAGACUAUACAAUUUCAAAAUUCUUGGAAAAAUAUGGCCUGAUUUUGAAGAAAAUAACAACCGCUGAUAUUUUUGUUGAGUCUUAUAUAAACCUUUACAUGGUAGACAAGAUCUAGCGUCCAAUUUAUUUAUUGAUGUCCUUUGCCGGGUUUCUUUGUGUGGUCGGAGUGAGCUGAAGUUUCAGGAAAGCUAACUAAUUCAUGGAAGACGUAAACCUUUUACAUUGCCAUGGCAACCUCAAUCAGACAUCCUCCGUAUCGGAUUACAACCUCGGGGAAGAAGGGGAUCUCUUCAAGGCUCCUGAACCAGUAAUUCAAGAACCAUUGAUUGGCCUUGAUCCAAUGACAGCUGCCAUUUCAAUGAUUUCUUGCGGAGAAAACAUUAUCUCCCCCGAUGCACUGACAGCUUCCGCCAUUGAAUCAUCAAUUGAGAGUGGGCAACUCCUUAGUGAGGUCUACUAUGAAUGCAAGAAGGAUAUUUUGGCUAAAGAUGCAACAGUAACACCACUCUCUGACAUCAUGGAUAUCAAAGUUCCGACUGUGAAGACCGACAAACUCCCAAUUUCUGAUGAAAAAAUGCUUCCCGAGGGUCUGUUCCAGAAAAGUGUAAGUUCUGGUUGCCUAUCAUCGAUGGACUGGAUACGUGAUGCUCCACUGAGACCGAAUUUUCUGAUUCCUGGCAUGGACUUGGGGGAAGUUUACGGGAUGCGAAGAGCAUUCAGUGAGGGAGACAUAAAGACUCUUGGUAAUGGUAAUGUAAGCCUCCUACCAUCCCCAGUUGGACAAUCGCAGAUUAUAGGCAGUUGCACUUCUGAAGGGCGCAAGGAGAAGCUAUCUAGAUACUGGAGUAAGAAGAGUAAGAGGAAUUUUGGCAGAAAAAUCAAGUAUGCCUGCAGGAAGGCCCUAGCCGACAGCCAACCAAGAAUCCGGGGAAGAUUUGCAAAGACAGAAGAAAUAGGCACUCCCAAGAAGCAAUAACUCCGAGCAGGAUGAAAAAAUAUAGGAAGGCAGUAGGUAGAACUGAUGCUGUAAUGAAAGAGAUCCAUGGUAAUGUUAGCUAUUAUAAUUUAAGUCUAUGCAGGAUCUAGAAAUAAGCUGGGAUUUAGUUGAUUUCUUGCUAAGUGAAAUAAUCUGUAGAUCUAAUGUUCAACUGGAGUUGUAUAUACCGUUUGUUCAAUAAAAAUAUUUUUAUAUAUUAAAUAAA